UUUUGAUACAGCCCCGAUGCCGGUGUACAGGCUCAGUUCAAAAGCCUAUCUCUGAUGACAGUAUUGUGAAGAUGGAGAAGUUUAAGCCUGGUCCUCACUGCAAAAAUGUGGAAAUAAUUGCUACUGUAAAAUUCGAGGAAAAAAGGACGUUGUGCUUCGACCCUAAUGCCGAGUGGGUUCAGGAUGCUCUCAAAAGAAGGAACCUGGCACAAUAGAAAGCUACUGAUCUAAAUAUGGUUGUAGAAAGAAACGAAGGAAAAGCUGAUGAAAAAUAUUUGUGCUUUUUUAAGUAUUUACAGUCACUCUAUUUACCUAUUUCUUUAUACAUGUUCUAAAUGGAAUACAAAACUAAAUGUAUAAUUACAAUUUACUUGUUAUAAAUAUUUUACUAGUUCUCCUAAUAAUCUGUUUUUCUUUUUAUUAAUAUUAUUCUAUACUGUUCAUGUUAUUCACAAAUUUAAAGUCAUGGCUCUAAAUAACUUGAUCAUACACCAAUAUAGUUAAUCAAAUAUCAUCUCGGAAUUUAACACAAAUGUACAUGGCAUACAAAUAAAUCUUAAUUCUUAAUCUACACUUUUUGUCACAUUUUGCAUCAUCUAUUAUUGUGGGUAUGUUAGAAUAUCAGUUUACACUAAGAAAAUGUGCUGCUAUAACAGCCUAUGUUCAAAUAACCACAAAAGUGUACGUAAAGACAGCUUGCAACCACUGUUCAAAUUUUUCCCAAAGUUGUUCAGUGUGAUAGAAGUAAUGGCUCUGUGCAGGUCACUUGAUUUCUUACAAACCAGCAUUAGCAAACCUAGUCUCAGGAGACCUUAAUUUGUAAACAGGGUCCUUUUCAAGCUAAAACAAGUGCCCAAAGUUUCAAUGAUGGUAAAUUAUAAUGAUACAGCAUACGACACUUUGUGGCCACAGUUUAGAAAAGACAUAUAUGUCUGUUUGUCCACAUAUGUUUAAUUAUGUAAUGUACAUUCAACAAUUGGCAUUUUAAAUUAUUUACUACAGGCUUAUUUACAAGCUUUGGGUUGGCAUUUCAAUUAGAAAUCAUAAACUAUAUUGGUUAAAAUAACAAGAGCAACCCGCAUGUUCAAUGAAUGGUGGUAGUGCAGUGGAUAGUUUAACUACAGCUCCAGGGGUUGGGGGAAGAAGAAAAUAAAUACACUAAUAAUUUAUUCAUAUUAUUUGAUACAUUAAUAUGUAAGCUGCAUCUUUAUUUAUAUAGUACAUUUUAAUUUGCAUUUCCCUCUAAAUGUAUUGGAUUGGCAAAUUUAUUUUAGCUAUACACUACAGAUAUUUGGGUUUGAGAUUAAACAAUUAAUAAUAGACAAUAAUACAUCACAUGUCAAUAAUACAUAAUACAGCAAUGUGUUUGGACAACUGGUAUACCACUGACCAGGUGUUCAUCUGUCUUGGUCCCUGCACAAGGUUGUGUAUUUCAGACAUCUGUAAGGUGCUAUUCCACAUGCUAUCACCACUUUGUGGUCGGGCCUCAUGGGGUGUGUUUGGUUCUAUAAAUAUGUAGGUCUUUGGUUCUAUAAAUAGUGGAAGAACACCAGAGUCUCUGGUCACUCAGACUGAUGAGAAUUUUUACAGAGACAGUCCAUGGCAGGUGGAUGUACAUAUGGAUUCUGACAUGUCAUCAGUCAGGGUCAUGUGUGGCAAAGGUUAUGCCACUAACCACCAUUUUAUGUAAUAUCAAAAAGUACACUACAUUUCAUGACAUUGCAUCUCCUGUAGGUGAUGUGUAAGUUUUAAGGGCAAAAUAUAAACACCAGCAUAUUCUACAAUAUGAUGACUUACAAUAUGAUGUUUGUUUAAGUAGGAAGCAAUAAUCAUUCUGAAUUGUAUCACUCGAUCUGAAUUGAACUGAAGUGAAUUCCAAAAGUAAAAAAAGACAAAAGACUUUUAAUUUAGAUUAAAAUGAAUCAAACAUUAAAUUAUUUUUCAGUCAUUUAUAAUUUAUUUGAAAUGAAUGAAAUGAUUCUUAGUCAUCCUAAUUCUGAUAAGCUGUUGUAAUACUUAUGAUUAUCCAGAAUAGUUUACAAUAAUUUUGAUAGUGAUUAGUAAUUGUUAUUCACAACCUUUCUAUUAGGAUUUUGUUUGUAUUGCUGCUGCUGAUGUUUUGCUCGGGUUCCUAAUGUUUUUGUGGUAGUAAAGAGUGCUGAGUGUGUGAUCUCAGUUACAACUGCAAAAUAUACAGUACACACUGAAACCACAUCCAGUGCUAUGUGUCAGUAUGACAUUACAUAUUUAGAGGUUAAUGUUUAACUGAUAUUAGAAUGUAAAUUACUGGCAUUUAGGUCUCUUAAAACAGGUGUAAUAUAACAGGUCACCUUUGAAAUCUCUGUGAAGUUCUGAGCAAUGUCAAGUUAAGUCCAACAUGAUUUAUCUAUUUUGUUACUGGCUUCUCUCUCUUCACAAAUAUGUUCAGUCUCAUUCUGGAUGUUCUAUUUAUUUAUUAUUAUUGGGCCAGUUAGCCUUAGUCUAAUAUUCUCAAUCCUCUGUAGUUAGAAUAUUUGUGCUAUAGUUAUAUUUAUAUGUGAUAUUUCAGUAACAGAGACACUUAAGUUGAAAAAGUCAUGUUUAAUAUGAACACCGCUAACUUACUUGUCCAAAGCAUUAAGGGAUCUUGGUGUUUCUUAAUGUAUGUCUCUGAUUAGUAAAACACAUUUGCAUGCAUUGAAUUCUACCUUUUGCCAGUAUCUGAGAGUGAAAUUAAGAUUUAGAAAACUUCACACACUGCAUGAGACUAAUGAUGACUCCUGGAAGUGUGACAUACUCUAAAGUACACUUCUUGGGAAAAGCUCUAGACCCAGACACACCCAGAUGAAAGAGAAAUCUUUCCAAAUCCUAAUAGUUAAAUGUAGAGUUUAUUCUCACUAUCAUGCCUGAUUUGACUCCAUCCAGUUAACUGUGGAUGUGUGAAUACCAGCAUAACCCAGGUAAAAUAUUCCAUUUAAACACCAUCUCAUUUUGUUCAACUUUUAUAGACAUUAAAAUCAAAUUGCUUUACUUCACAGUUACUGACUUAAUUUACUCAUUAAAUUUUGCUUAAUUACUGAUUUAUUGAUUACUGAUAACAUUUAACUGAGACUCUCAUUUCAUAUGAUUAAAUAUUGUGUUAUGUUGUGUAAAGUUAAGCUGAACCAUUUAAAUGCAGUUUAACAUUUAAGAAAUGUUUGCAAUAUCUGAUAACAUGCAUUUUAUCCAAUAUGAUUGUUAUUGGAUAAAAUCCCUGCUUGCACGGCUGCUCAUCAGGGAUAAAUGCACACCGUUUACCUUGACUGUUGAUUUCUGUAAAGCUGCUUUGAGACAAUGUCUGUUGUGAAAAGCGCUAUAUAAAUAAACUUGACUUGACUUGACUUAUAUUAUAUAAUAAUCUUGUUUCAUCAGUUUUAAAAGUUUAAUUAGAUUAAAUCAUUUUGUUUAAAAUUAGUUGUUUACAACACUUACUUAUGAAAAAGUAUUCAAAUUCCUUUUUGAUUAUAAAUAGAAAUGUUUAGCCUAAAGUAAAGAGAAAGAACGAGAAAGAAUCAGGCAGGACAUUGCUCUCAUGAUUAUAUAAUGGCUUUAAAGUAUUUAUCAAGUACUUUAACUAGCUGGAUUUGCUGUUAUUGGGUCAUGGCCAAAGCUCUCUGAACUAAGACAACAGUCAAAAUAGUGUAAUGGGUGCAAAUAUCAGUAUUUGUGUCCCUGUCCAUUUUUGUCUGCAUUGAUAUGAUAAGAUUAAUAUGUAGACAAUUCUACCAGGUUACUGACUAUGAAAUCUUAAAGCAGUGUAAACAUGAACGUUUUAUUUGCAAAGGCAAUGAGUUGGGUUAAAUGUCAUUUUUGUACAGGGCCACAUUGUGACAUUUUGUCAAUUUUCCACCACUGAUCAUGAGUGUUUAAGCAAAUAAAGUGCCAGGACACUGAGGGAGUUUUUUAAAUCAGAGACACACAACACGGGAUAUACAGGCAUGAGGCCUGCAGCUGAUGAACAUGUGAAUGUCCAAAGUGAAACCACAGGACUGUUUACACGCGAGCUACACGCAUAUGCAAAGUGCAAACAGGAAGUACAAUAAAACCACUGUUUAAAUUAUCACAUGAUUGUUGUUAAUAUAAGAUUAAACUCAGAGUAUUUAAGAGCAUGCAACAUUUUUUGGUUUAAAGUGUCUUUGAAGCUAACCCUUGACUUAACCAUGAGAUUCUUUCUCCUUUUAGCUUUGAUGGCAGUCAGUCUUUUACUCACUUGUGCAAUACAACCUUUGGGGAAAGGCUACAACAGUCACUGCAUGUGCGUGAAGCUGGAGUCCAGGAUAAUACCACAGCACAGCCUGCGCAGUGUUGAAAUCUUUCCUAAAGGCUCCCACUGCAAGAAUACAGAGGUCAUUGCUUCUUUGGUGAGUGGAGAAAAGAUUUGCCUGAAUCCUCAUACUAUGUGGGUUCGAAAACUUAUCCAGUUCAUUGAGAAGAAAGAAAAAUUAAUUAAGAAAGCAUAAAGGACAACAAAGAAGAUGCUCAUCAAAAUAUGAUACAUUUAAAAAAAUGCACAUAUUCAGAUUAAACUAUGUGUACUAAUAUUCUGGUCUGUACAACUAAACAUGUCUGUUAAAAGUAAAACAUUAUGAUUUCAUCAACAACUUACCCAAUGCUUUAGCCUUUUCCUUUUCAUGUAUAUUCUAACAAAAACCUUAUCUGUCACCUUAUUUGCAAUGUGCUUAUCACUCAAGGAAAUGUGAGCAGUUCAGAUAUGGGAUGAUAAGAAAAUGAUGUAGUGGCAUAAUAUUUACAAUACUAAUAUAUUUUAAAUUUGUGACAUACUAAAUAUAUUUAUAGGAAUGAUUUAUUUAUUUCAGAGAAUGUAAAAAUUAUGGUAUUAUAAUUAACAGGUGUGCCUGUAAUACUUGGCAUUUACACAUUCAAUUUUACUAUGCAUGUUAUAAAUAUCUGUAAAGCAAUUCACGAUUAACAGACAUUUAGCAUAUCAGUGAGACUAGUUUUAACACCUGAUGAAUUGUGUACCAUUAAAAAAAAAAGAAAACAGUAUGACUCCCAGUGAGGAAUAUUUAAACCAUCAUCUUUUUCUUUGUCUGUAAUUUUCACCCUUGUGUUUUUAACUUGAAUGUAAAUUGUCAAAUGACUGUAAUGUUAUUUCAUUCUCUUUUUGAAUCCUUGUUGUUUGACAUUUUGAAAAAAUAUGCAUAAAAAUAAAUACAAUAAAAUAUGAACUGUGGCUACAGCUCAAUAAUUAAAUCUACAAGAUCACAUAAUCAAUUAGAAUUGACUAACUCUAUGAUGUAAAAUUCAAUAGUGUGCAUAAAGUUUAUUUAUGAAAUGUAUUUGUUUAAAUGGAACUGUUCAGAAUGUUCAGAUAGUUCCAGUCCAAAAGUACUGCAAUGCAGAAUGUUUUAUAUAUCUAUUAUUCUUGGAAGCUCAGUGUAAAAGAUACUGGAAGGGAAGCUGCACAAGAUGUAUGGUUGUUGACAUAGAAAUUCACAUGCAUAAGACAUCAGUCAUUGUGUUGCAACUUAAAAUAAUCAGAGCGAUCACAGAGUGAUAUUUUUUCUGAGGGAUCUUGACCUUGAGUGUACUUGACCAACUCUUUUUAUGCUGUUGUUUUUGCAGAGCAGAAACUCACUUAUAAUCUUAUACUCCAGUGCUCAUGUUAGUUCUCACUCUCCAGUGUUCUGUAUUGUUGAAGAUUUAUGAUCACACUCUU